CAAUAUUAAUUUGUCAAACAUUUAUUAAUUUGCGGUUUCACAAAAGAGGAAAAUAGGAUAAAAUUGAUAAAUCGAGGUGAUAAAAUGCCCAGGAAUUAGAUAAAACAGGCACCAUGGCAUUUCUAGAGUGGAGGCGAUUUACCUUUUUCGACAUUCACAAGAAUGUUGACAACGGGAAGAUAGCAAAAUGUUUAGAAGACAUCAGUGUAACAGUAGCAACCAGUGGCAACAACCACGUAGUACUCUGUGACGUAACGGGCUGGGCACAUCUUAUCUCCCGCUCGUGGGAGAUCACCUCAUUCAAGGCAUACGAGUUGACGGUUUCUUUGGCCCAGCAGCUGCCACAUGAUCCAUUCCUGAUCACUAUAGGGGAUGAUGAGGCGGGCGUGAACCCCCUGAUCAAGGUGUGGGAUUGGUCGCGCAGUGACAAGCAUGGCAACCCGACGUGCGUGCGAGUGUCGCGCGCCGUGCCCUCGCACAUGCGCCCCACACACGCCACUGCGCUCGCUGUGCAUGACAAUAAGAACCUCCUGGCGGUGGGCUUCCAAGACGGGUCCGUGUCAUUGUUCCGCGGGGACAUCGCCCGCCAGCGCAGCGGCAAGAUGAAGACGCUGCCAGAUUCGGGCACCAGCCCCAUUACUGGACUCGCCUUCAAAGGCGCGGACAAGUUGUUUGUGGUGUCCCGCGCAUGCGUGAUGGUGUACUGGCUGGGGGCGGAGCGCUGCGUGACCCUAGACGCCAUGGGUGCCGCGCCCGGAUGCUGCGUGCUGGCCGACAAGCACCGCCUCACCGUCGCCACGGAUGACGCAAUCUACUGCUACACAACCGAAGGACGCGGACCAUGCUACGCCCUCGAAGGCGAGAAGGUUCGCCUGAACUGGUUCCGUAGCUACCUGGUCAUCACCACCAACGACACUCCACCAAAAGCCUCCACCAGCUCACAACCUGCCCCUAAGUCCCACCACAUCACCAUACUGGACAUACAGAAUAAAUUCAUCGUGUUCUCUAAAACAUUCGAUGAAAUAGACGCUGUCCUAACCGAAUGGGGAUCGUUUCACAUACUAACGAAGAAUAAGGAGAUGAUAUAUUUGGAUGAGAAGGAUCUGCAGUCGAAGCUGUCGUUGCUAUUCAAAAAGAACCUCUAUGACGUUGCUAUUAGGAUAGCGAGCAGUCAGCACUAUGACGUGGAGGGAUUGACUGAGAUUUAUAAGCAGUAUGGUGAUCAUUUGUAUAGCAAGGGUGACCUCAAAAGCGCGAUAGAGCAAUACGUGAAGACCAUCGGCUGGCUGGAGACGUCGUAUGUGAUCCGCAAGUACCUCGAGUCACGGCAUUUGGAGCCGUUAGUGCAGUACUUAGAAGAACUGCACAAGAAGGGAUACGCGACAGAAGACCACACCACUCUGCUACUAACUUGCUACGUGAAGAUAGACCAACAUGACCAGCAAGGGAAACUGAAGGAUUUCAUAAAUUCCAAGGAUAAAAUCAUACAUUUCGACGUCAAUGUUGCUAUCAAGGUAGUCCGCCAAGUCAGCGUAAACGACGCGUUAUCCCUCGCAGCGAACCACAAGCGCCACGACUGGUACCUCAAGAUUAUGUUAGAAGACAAGAAGGACUACCGGCAAGCGUUGGAGUACAUAGCUGACUUGGAGUUCGAAGACGCAGACAGAUAUAUGAAGAUGUACGGCCACAGGUUGAUACAGCAUGAGCCUGAAGAAAGCACUAAGUUCCUUAAAACGCUAUGCACGGACUACAAGCCCCGCAGCGCCCCGCUGGUGGACGAGUCGUCGCUGUCGGGUGCGCGUGCGCAGGCCGACCGCGCUCUGCCCGACGAGUACAUCCACAUGUUCCUGACCAACUCGGAGCGGCUCAUAGACUUCCUCGAGCACAUGUGUCUCCAUGACAACCACUGCUCCAAGCUGGUCUACGACGCGCUCAUAGAACACUAUAUACAUGUUUGGGCGAAGUCCUCAGACAGAGAGAAGACUGAAUACGAACAGAAGAUCAUGAAAGUGCUGAAGGACCCGGAAGCCAACUACGACAAGGACCAAACGCUGGUCAUAUGCCAGAUGCUAGGGUUCAAAGCUGGCAUACUGUACUUGUAUGAGGAGAAUAAGUUAUGGCGCGCGCAGAUAGCGCAGCACAUGCGCAGCGGCGAGGCGGCGGGCGCGCUGGGCGUGUGCCGGCGGCGCGGCGCGGCGUGCGCGCGGCUGUGGCUGGACCUGCUGUGGUGCCACCCGCCCGCACACUACCUGCCUGAACUGCUCAACGUCAUUGCCAAUGAGAAGCUGCUGUCACCUAUUCUAGUCAUCGACUGCCUCACCAGCACCCCUUCAUACACCCUCGGGGAUGUUCGCAAGUACCUGAUGAACGUCCUGAAGUCGGAGAGCGAGGUGAUCACCCGCGAGCAGCAGCUGGCGUGCAAGUACCGGUCGGAGCGGGCGCGCAUGCAGCACGACAUCGCGGCGCUGCAGCACGGCGCCGUCACCUUCCAGAGCUCGCGCUGCGCCGCCUGCAGCCGCCCGCUCGAGCUGCCUUCCGUGCACUUCCUGUGCCAGCACUCCUUCCACCACCACUGCUUCCAAAGCUACUCUGAGUCGGAGGCGGAGUGUCCGGCGUGCUCUCCGAAGCGCCGCUCGCAGCCGCCGACGCACGCGGCUGAGACCCUGCACGCCCGGUUGCAUCAGGAGCAUGAUGUUUACGCAGUGGUGUCAGAGUACUUCGGUCGCGGGUUGUUCAACAAGUUGACGGUGGUGACGGAUGAGGGCCACGAGACGAGCGACGCGCCCACGCCUGCGCCUGCGCCGGCCGUUGCGCCCGUGCCGCCGCCGCAGGCCUACGGGCCCGGCGCCGAAGCCAAACUGCGGUUACAGGAAGGACAGAGUAAACAAGUGUUCGUACCUAACGCGUCGAAGCAAGUCGCACCGAAGGGGACAGCGGUGAUCCCCGUGCCUGAAGGCAGGAUGCGCCUACUAGAACAGCAGAGAUACAGCUCCAGCCUUGAAGCUAACAUGAACCGAUUGGAGCCGAGGAUUCACCAACCGAAGCAGUCGCCCCUCGCGUCCCCCAUGCCGGGAAGAAAGGCCGAUAGUGACAGUGUUGCAAGCUCGCCAAAGAUAUCAUCAGCCAUCAGUAACACUUCAAAAAAUCCCUUCGAAGAUGAAACCUACGAUGAAGCUAAGAACCCCUUUGCUGAUGAAGAGACCAACGAACCGACCAACCCGUUCGGAGAGGAUGACGAUUAUGAUAAGAAUCUUAACCCGUUCUCGUGAGUGUGAGGCAAGUAAGGUUGUAUAGAAUCGUAACCGGUUUUUUUAGUAAAGAAAUAUGAUAGCCGCAUUUCGGUAACUCAUAACUCUUUUUGUAACGCCAAUGUAGGCACGGCAUAAUUAAAGUCUCCGUGUAAGCGCAGACCAAGAAGCGAGCUCUUACUGAUAAAACUAACUUUAUUAUUAUAUAUAUGUAUUUUAUUAUCUUCGGGCCGUGGUAGCCCAGCUGGAAGAACGCUUGCCUCUCACUUUGAGGUCGCAGGUUCGAAUCCAGCACAGGCCUAAACUAAUGACUGUCGAAAUUGUUUUCGAAUUCAUGUUUGGAUCAUAAAUGAUUAUCACGUGCUUAGCGGUAAAGGAAAACAUCGCGAGGAAACCCACUUGGAAACACCUGAGAAAUGCAUUUUCGGAGGCGUGACCUAACCUGUAUCGGGCUGGUUUUUCCUACGCGGGUUUGGAAGGUCAGACAGGCAGUCCCUUCUGUAAAAAUCCUAAAUAGAAAUAAGCAGACAAGUAAAUAACAAUAAAGUCAAACACUGAUAAGGAGACUACAGACUUUUUAAAUAUAUGCACAAGUUCGAGGCAUGAAAUUAUUCACGAUAAAGUGUAAUAACGUUCAACAAUGAGUAAACUCGCACGUGUUAGAAGCGCACGAGCCGAGGAAGUAGGAAGAAGGUCGUAUACUACUAUGAGAAUAAUAAAGUUAUUUUUUAAGUGUUGUCAGAAAGUUCUCGCCUUUUGAAAGUUCUUGGCGCUGACUCAUAGGCCGAAACCUAAAGCGCGGGUCGGAUCAACUUAUACUGGAUAAAUCUACAAACUUGUUCGUCACCCAGUCUAAGCUGGCGCACGCGCGCGAGUCGGACUAAGACAGAGAAUGCAACUUUUUACGAAUGAAAAUGGUAUGGAACUCUAACGGAAUGUCACAUGAUUCGCUUAUGUCGUCAAUCCUAUAUAUUUACCAUCGUUUAACUUCGUGUUUGUAAGCGGUGCGAGUACAGUCAUGAGCAAUAUAAUGUACCCACUUUAGGACUUUGUCGCACUAACAUAUUUGACAUUUAGUGAGACUUACAGUUCAGUUUGUCAACAAAGUUAGUAAGUUCGGUAGGCUCGUACGGCCACGAGCCGAACCUUCGAAUUUCACUCACAAUUUAGUAAUUAAGUAUUCAUAAACACGUAAUCGUCAGCCAACCGCUUGUUAUAUAGUCGAAAAUCGUUGUAAGCUGAAGUGUAAAGUAACUUAUUAUAAAGCUUAGAUACAUUGUUAUACGAAUGUAAAUUAAAUACGAGAUGUUUGACGUUGGCAAGUAAAGAGCC